UCCCGGGAAUGCCGCUGGGACGGUCACGGUGACAACGGGACACCAUGGCCUUGCGCGGCUGCAGCGUCCUGCGCGCCGCCGCCAGAGCCUCCCAUCUCCUCGUGCACUCCAGCUCUCCAUAUGCUCCCGCCGUUGCUCUCGUCCAAGCCGUGGAUCCUCAUUUCAGCUGGAUCAGCUGCAUCGGACACUCCAYGGCCCCGCAGCCGGGCGCCGUCCUCGCCCGCUCGGGCUCUCGCGUCGCGCGCACCUUUCACACRGCCGCUCACCGGCAGCUGCAGGAAAAACCUCCGCCCGGCCCAAACGCUGCGAAACGGAGCCCYGAGCCUCCCAAAACUCCAGCAAAACACGGCGUGGAGGCCGCUGCGGGGAAACGGUCGUUACGCCAAAAAAUUGUGGAUGAGCUGAGGCAUUACUCCAACGGAUUCCACUUGCUUUGGAUCGACACUAAGGUUGCGGCCAGGAUGCUGUGGAGGUUGUUACACGGGCAGGUCCUCACUAGGAGGGAGAGACGCAGGUUGCUGAGAACGUGUGCAGACCUYUUCCGGCUGCUCCCUUUCCUGGUGUUUGUCAUUGUGCCCUUCAUGGAAUUUCUCUUACCCGUAUUCUUGAAAAUCUUCCCGGAAAUGUUGCCCUCCACAUUUGAGACGGAGUCAAAAAAGGAAGAAAAGCAAAAAAAGAGAUUAAAUGCAAAGCUGGAGCUGGCAAAGUUCCUGCAGGAGACCAUUGCAGAGAUGGCCAAAAGGAACAAGGCAGAUACCGGAGAAGGAAAACAGUUCUCUUCCUACGUGCACCAGAUUCGUCACAGCGGUCAGCAGCCCAGCACCCAGGAGAUCGUGCGCUUCUCCAAGCUCUUUGAGGACGAGCUCACCCUGGAGCACCUGGAGCGGCCGCAGCUGGUGGCCCUCUGCAAACUGCUGGAGCUGCCGCCCAUCGGCACCAACAACCUGCUGCGCUUCCAGCUGCUGCUGAGACUCAGGACUAUCAAGACAGACGAUGAGAUGAUUGCCAAGGAAGGAGUCAGUGGGCUCAGCGUGUCCGAACUGCAGAGUGCGUGCAGAGCCCGGGGAAUGCGGUCGCUCGGUCUCACGGCAGAGCAGCUGAAGGAGCAGCUCAGGCAGUGGCUAGAUCUGCAUUUAAAAGAGAAUGUUCCACCUUCUCUGCUCCUGCUUUCCCGUGCCYUGUACUUGAUAGAUGUAAAGCCACCGUCUGUUCAGGUACCACAAAAUAAGGUGGAUGAAACUGCUGAAGAAGUCAUGCCGGCUCUUCCUGAGGAUCAAGAGACUCUAGUGGAUUCUGCCCCUGUUGUACAGGGAAGGAAGAAUGAAGAAUUUGUAUCUCGGUCGCCAGAGAAACUGCCAGUCUCAGAAGUGUCAGUUAAGCCACCGCCCCGAGAGACUAAAAUGGAAGCGUCCCAGAGCAGCAAGGCCAGCGCCAAUGGAGCUUAGCGUGAAGCCAACACGCAUUGUCCACCACGAAGAGGAAAGCUGGCAACUCCCAACCUCCUUCAGCUGGAAGAGCGGUUUUCCAGGAGCGCAAAGGUGUCCGUAGCCCCAAGGAGCCUCUUGGUCUAUCCCAAGCUUGUUAGCCACAAGGCCCUGCUGUUUAGAUGGAGCCAGCCCCUCGUUUGCACUUCAUCCCUACACUCACCAUUUUAACUUAUGUUGUAAAUAUGUAAAUGCUUAUGUUACUGUGCUGUUACUUACUAAAUGGAUGUAGGUCCUGUUAAACCUUAGGUAAGACAGCUUUUCAUUUCCAUAAAGGAGAAUUUUCMCCCUGGGCACAGGAUGAGCAGGGCAGGAGCUGCAGGAGAGGCCAUUGUGCUGCAGCCAGGGCUUGCAGCUUUCCCUGCUGCUGCUUUACACAUCUUGAUCCUGCUUUGCGUGGUUUAACCUGUAACCAGUGCACAAAAGGACCAUGUAAGAGAGGGGACAGGGCCACCUGGAGACAUGUUUGCCAAGUUUGAGAUAAAACUUGGUGGUUAAACCUUAUCACACUCAAAACUAUGCAGCAGCAAGUGCUCUUGGACUUGCUACUUUAUAAGUAAUACUUCACACGCUCCAGUGUUGCCUGUUUUCUUAGUAGACUGUACAUGAAAAGCUGUUUUUAGAAUUUGUUAACAUUUUUGGGCUUUGGGUUUUGUAAAUGUUCAAGAGCUACUCCCGUUGUGGACAUUAAACAGGRAUAUUUAUAUUUAACGUCAAAUUAAAGGUAGACUUGGUGCUAAGUAGAAGGCAACGUCUCUUUCMGAGGUCAGACAGCCUUGGGAACAAUCCAACCCCCCCCCCGAAAAGCCAGUCAGGUGAUAG